AUGUCGGAAAAUUCUGAUUAUGUUUUCUUAUUUUCUGAAUCUAACGCAACACAUUUUCAAGAUUAUGCUGGUUCACAACCACCAAGUUAUGAAGAAGCAAUUAAUGGUUCAUUAGACCCCACCAGUGUAACUAUUAACCCUUUACUUAAUCCCAACAACAACGGGAGAAGUGUUGAUGACGAUCCAACUAGACAGCAAACAUCUGAUGAAAAUUUACCACCUCCGCCUGAAUACAAUCUUUCUGAUGCUAAAUUUAAGAGAACUUCUGAAGGUGUUACCACAUGUGAACCAAAGCUGAAUAGAGAGCCAGAAUCAUUAUAUAGAUUCAUGCUUGCACAUAACGAUAAGCCUAACAUGGCUAUAAAGAUACAUGGUUAUCAUUAUGAGACAAGGCAUUAUACCUAUACUUACACUGAUGCAAAUGGUAAUAUUCAAUACGGAACUCGUAGUGAAACUUAUGUGGUUACGGAUUUUUUGAUUACAAUAGAUUUAUCUGAAUAUGUUUUACCAAAUGGAACAAUUCAUGCAAUUCCAAAUAAAAAAAAUCCAGAUCCUCAAAUAAUGGACAUUAUCAAUGAAUACAUUAAUCAUGAAAACAAACUAAAAGAAUUUAUUAUGAAAAAAACAGUAUUAUGGGACUAUCAAUCUUUGACAAAAGCAAUAUCAACGUCAAUUCGUCUACAUGGAUUUCAUAGAUUUUUGGAAAUAACUUAUCCACUUCAAAAUCAUAAAUUUUUUGGCCUUUGUUCUGGUUAUAUAAAAAAUCAUUUAAAAACCAAAUUAGAAGUGAUUUUUGUAUGUCCAUAUCAACAAGAGAUUGCUUUAAGAAAUAAAAAUAAAGUUAAAAAUAAAGAUGAUAAAUAA